CCUUCUCUAUACACCCCACGCCCCACGCCGACCGCCCGUGAGUCGGCGACUGUCGUCUUUUUAGUUUAUGGGUAUCAGUCUGCCGUGAAAGUCGUGUUACUUGUGAAUCCUUUUUACUGUAUAUUCACUGAAAUCCACGUUUGUCACUAGUAUCGUGUUAUCCUUUUUAUAUUAAGUGACUAAAGUUUAAACAGUUCUUACUUUAUAACGUAAUAUGAAGAAUGUUGUGAUUUGUUAAAGUGAUAGUACAGUUUUGGAGGUAAAAUGCCAGCUUCAGUUUGCGACCCAGUAUCCAGCGCAUUGCGUUUAUCUUUAUCUGCAGAUGAUUCUCAAUCCUCAUCAUUGUUAGACAGUAGACUAUAUUCAUCGGCUAAAAGUGUACUUCUUACUAAAAUAGACUUUGAGGAGUCUGGGGAUUUCCAAAGUAAUGUACUUGACGGGCUAAAGUCUAAAUACGUGGUGAUUCGACCUAAAAAGCCUGUGCUUGAGGGUAAAAUCCUCAAAAAGGAAGGAGCACCUUCUCAUCAAUCUCCUGAUGCAAGUAGUAAUGGCGAUGAAGGAAUACCUAAGCCAAAGAGGAUUUUGUUUCCUAUUGAGAAAGUUCAGUUAGGAUGGCAAAGUGCUUGGGCCGCUGGCGCAGGAAUGCAAAAUGUGGGCAAUACUUGUUACUUGAAUUCCACUAUACAAGCUCUAUUUCAUGUGCCUGCCUUGGCAAAUUGGUUGAUGUCAGAAACAUCACAUGCAGAAAAAUGUAAUCAACAAGAAGCAUGUGUGAUAUGUGGGAUGCGAGCAACUCUGAUGGCUACCCAGAAAAGUGGUGGCGCACCUAUCAAGCCCUGGCAAGUUUACUCUAAGCUAAGACUCAUAUGUAAGAAUUUGACACCAGGUCGGCAAGAAGACGCUCAUGAAUUUUUAAGAUACCUUGUUGAAGCAAUGGAGAAAUGUUACUUGUCCCGUUUUGUUAAUGGGGAUAAACUAGAUCAAUAUAGUAAAGAGACAACUCCACUAAACCAAAUUCUUGGAGGUUAUUUGAGGUCGACAGUGCGAUGCCUAGCAUGCCAACAUCUCUCAACAACUUACCAACAUUUCCAGGAUUUAUUACUGGACAUUAGAAAACAUUCAACACUGGAAGAAGCGUUAGAUUCGUUUUUCACAAGAGAAAGGCUUGAAGAUUUAGGAUAUAAGUGUGAAUCAUGUCAUAAAAAGGUUUCUGCCACAAAACAAUUUUUCAUAGAACGUGCCCCGAUGGUGCUCUGCAUUGCAUUAAAAAGGUUUUCUUUAGCUGGCGGGAAACUUCCCAAACAUGUGCAAUUUAGAAAGAAAAUCACAUUGAAUAAAUAUAUGUAUUCUAAAAAUAAUCAGCCCUUGUCAUACAAACUAGUAAGUCUGGUAACUCACUUGGGCCCCUCACAAAACUGUGGCCAUUAUACAGCCAUCGGGCAAGCACCAAACAGUAAUUAUUACCAGUUUGACGAUAGCAGCGUGAGGUCAUUACCAUUGUCGGCCGUGCUCGGAACAAAUUCUUACAUAAUGUUCUUUGAAAGAGAUAACACAGCAGACGAUACUACGAUCCCCACUGCAUCCACAUCAAGCACCGUGUAUGGCCCUCAAUUGCCGGAUAAUAUUCUAAACGGAGACAAGAAUCCACUUAAAUUGACCAUUUAUAGUAAUGAUGAAAGAAAACCUGUUGGAAACAAUAGCAACUCAACAGAGGUUAGCAAAUCUGAAAAUAAACCUAUAAUAUUGAAUAAUACAUUGAAUAAGUCAUCUGAUAUUGCCAAUUCCAACUCUGAACCAUGGGUAGUCAAGAAGAAUGGCGAUGUAGAGAAAGUGGUACAGGCGCCUAAAAUCUUGAACGGCCUUGACAAACCCAGCUUUAGAGUUGAUGAAGAAAAGAAAAUAAGUUUCAUAUUAAAGAGACAACAUAGUGAAGAAGGUCAAUUGAAAUCAAAACUGAUAAAAAGUGACAGUGAUCUCAGAUCUUUUACCAUCAAUACAAAAUCCCCAGAGAAGUCUGCAACCACAAGUAAAUUAGUAAGAAUACCAAAAUCACCCUUAGAGAAAUUAGAAGAACAGAUGAAUAAGAAUGACUCUUCACCAUCUGAUUACUCUCAGAGAAAUGGUCAUUGUCAUUCCAAGCUGGUCCCCUAUGACUUUGAAUCAAGUGGUGAUGAACAUAAUGACCGGUUCAAUGAGGAUAGGACCAGAAAAGACAGUUCAACGGAGGAUGGUCAGAAGCCUAAACCUAGUCGGUGCGAAUCUCCACAGGGCCUCGUCGUUACCACUAAGGGGAUGCACCACACGUGGACCGUGUCCAAUGAGAAGAACGGACCACUCCUCAGCCCUAGUCUCAAUGGUGUUACUCAUAAAAAGGUGAAAGAGAAAGACGAACGGCGAGCGGAGAGCUCACAGAGCCCUAACACGAGCGUGAGCAGCAUGUCUCCGCUCAGCGACCGCAGCUCACCGACCGCUGGCGGAGCGCCGGGAGCGGGUCCCGCGCUGCAGGCCCCUGCAGCCCCGGGGCCGGCCAUGUUGCCGGGCCCCGCGGCGCGGCAUCUCAACACGUUGUCUCACCGCGGCUACGGCGCGCCCGUCUCCAGUUGGAAUGGCUCCCACAGCGUCCUCUCACGACAGGUGUUUGAAGAACGUCGUGAGGAGCGGAAGCGUGCGCUGGAGUCCACCGACGACAUGGAUCGCGGCCGAAGCAAGAAGAUGAAAAAAUUCCACCAUUACAACCGCUUCAAUAAUAGUAGGAACGGAUACAAUCCCUUCCAGGACAAACAAAAUAAGCCUCACUGGGGAGGCAACUUCAAAUACCGAGGCGAGAGGCGUCCGCCGCAUCAUUUCAACAAACAUCACAACAACAAGUACAAACGCUUCAAUAACAGGUACAGCAGUGGUCAUCAUUAUUCCAGACACCACUGACCGAGGCUGACCUGUGUUGUUCUUUAUUGUAAAUAGCUAGUAUUAUAAUAUUAAAUAGGUAAGCCUUUGAUAGUCAAUAUGGCAAGGAGAAGACGUUGCGCUUGGCAGAUAGUCCUAGGGCUUAUUUUUAUUCUAAGUUUAAUAACAAUUAGGACAAACGUUAUUUGCUUUCAAUCCUAUCAAAAAUUUUAUUAAAUAAAUAAAAUCGUUUCCUAUUUUAAUUACAAUUUGUAGCCUAGAUUAUGUACCUUAAUAUUGAAAAAUAUUUAACAAAUUUAUUAUACAUGUAAUAUGUACCUUACCUCAAUUAAACAAUAAAUGAUUCGAAAAUUCAAAAUCUAAUGCAUACAUUAUCAUGUUAAGUAGCUUGAAAACUGCAUUGUAAACAGUUUUAGUUAAGUGUCCUAUUAGAGAAUAGUAAUAAGUUCGUUACCUAAUUUAUAAAGUUAGUUAAUUUGCCCUGUGCUCUAUCAACGUUAAGACGAUGAAUACCUUCAUGUUUAAAUAAACAAACUUCUAGAAAUGGCCUUACUUGAAAACGGAUAUUAUUUUAAUCCCUCAACAAGCAGGUCUUUCAGAACUUUAAUGUAUUAUUAAUAAACUUGACAAAUAAACCCAGCAAUUAAAGUCAUAAAUAUAAACUAUGACAUAAAUCUAUUAAACAGCUGGAUGAGGUUAUAAAGUUGCAAUAAUUCCUUCGUAAAUGUUGCAAUAAUUCCGAACUUUACACAGAAAGAAAAAGACUAAUAUGUUGUAAUUAUAGAAUACAUCCUGAAGAUACUAUUUUUGCAUGAACGUUAUCCCAAAAUAUUUAUGUAAAUAUGGACUUUAAAUAUUUUUUUUUAUAAUUGCUGUUGGAUUGAACAAAUUUGUUGACUUGAUAAAAUAGGAAAUAUUGCUGAAUCAGUCGAUUGUAUUGUAGUAAUUUACAUAUAUAUAUUUAUAUUUAAAAAAGGUAGCCAUUCCAAAAGAGCAAUAAAAUAGAUUAAGGUCGAGUUUCUAAGUCCAUGUAUCUUCUGGAGUGUUGUGGUACAUCUAGGAAAUGUGUUACGCUAUCAUACAUUUACUUUUAUCUGACUACGCAUUUGUACAUAGUUGAUUUGUUUUUAUUCUUUGUCUAGUUGCAUUUUGUCAGGGAUGCUAAGUACUGCUACAUGGACUCUUCGCAAAGCAUUUGUUUUUAUUUAAAUGUAAAAUAGACAGACCUUCACUGUAAUAUUUGUUACAAUUUUAAUGUCUUUAGUCAGUUUUAUAUUUUCAUAAUCUGUGGCGUUAUGCAAAAGUUAGUGCCGUGAGAAUAUAAUGAAAGAAAAAAUGUGAAGAAUCCCUAUGUAGUUAAUGUUAAUAUUAAUAAUUUGUGGUAAUGACUCCUAAGUUUAGUUUAGCGGAAACAGAAAUUGUACAAUGUAAUAACAGUUUGGUAACGUGGGUACCUUGUGCUAUUCACUGGAACUGGAAUAUAUGAAAGAAACAUUCUACU